AUGCCUAGCGUCACGACCUUGUCGCAAUAUGCCAUCUCCAACAUCGGCCCGCUGACGACCGUGUUCACGGCACCGCCUGCGUGCGCCACUAAGAGCAAGGACUUCGUUCUGGGCGUCAAAUAUCCCGAUAGCCACCAAAACCCCGAGCCUAGGUGGGCGCAGAGCUGCAGCUUCGCCUCUCUCGGCGAGUGCUACCCCUCUGGCAAAGCCUUGGAUGACGCCUGGACGACCCUGGAGGGCGAGAACGGCUUCACCGACGCCGGAAAAAUGGCGUACUUUUCCCCGGCCAGCCAAUGUCCCGAGGGUCAUGUCACGGUAGGCGUGGCCGCCAAGAACGACGCUGGCCAGAUCAGCUCCUCCGGCGUCUUCGUCCCGCCCGUCACGGAUUGGCCCGGAGGAUAUCUCCCUUUCAACCCUCAUCUCAACGUCUUCAUGGAGGCGCUCGACAACGGCGAGACGGCGGUUGUAUGUUGUCCUGAGGGUUACGAGUCGUCGCCCGGUGGCGGCGGAUGCUAUUCCGAAGUGCCGCUCAGCUCGUACGGAGAACUGUCGGUAUGUGAGGGUAGGGGAAGGGGCCGUGAAGCCUUCACCUGGGUGAAUGCGACCUUCUCAUACAACAACACCAUCCAUACGGGGGCGGUCAUCUCUUACACCGCCACAAGCCUCCCAAAACAAACGUACACUACGUCGACGCUCGAGGAUAUGGGGACAGACGCUAGGACCGUGGCUUGGGUGGUGGGAGCCGAGGUUACUAUGGUUCAUAGGCCGGCCGACGCAGCUACUGGUGACGGUAGUGGUGCCGCGGGUCCGACUGAGACGGCGACGAGCGCGGCUCAAGGGUGGAGAAUGACGACUUCCGGCGGUGGUGUGGGCGUUCUGGCCACCGCGUGGGCGUUGGCGGCGCUGGUGGGGGUGACGCUUGUCGUGCCUUGGUAG